UGUUAUGAUCUAUCAUGACUACAACUAAAGAUUCAAUUACAGAAUGUACCUGUAAUGUUUGUAGAAGUGUACGUCUAAGAAUAGAUAAAAUAUUUUGUGUAUUAGAUAUAUAUGGUUGGAUGUUAGACUUUUAUGUAGUGGAUUUUUAUCGAGCGAAACUAUGGGACAAAUUACCAAAAAGUUGGAAAUUUGCUUUAAAGGAUAUACCUCCAGACGAAUUUGGAUUUUGGUUAUCACGAGAACGUUCUUGCAGAAGAAUAUUACCCCUGUCGUUAUUGGCAUUACGUAAAGUUAUAGAUAAUUUACAAUUGAAUAGGAAUGAUGAGAGUUCAAGCAAUUUUUUACAAUGUGAAAAAUCGCUGACGAUAAAGAGAAAAUGUAAAAAUGUAACUUCUUUACAUUUGUUGGAUAACGAGGAACAAUUAAAAGACUUAGAUUUUGCUUCCUCGCAAUUUAUAAAAUUAUUCAGAAAACAUGUGAAAAAGAAAAAGACACAUGAAAUAGAACAGAUGGCACAGAUUUGCUCAUAUUAUGCUCAAAAGUCAGAGUGCAAAUCUGUGAUAGAUGUUGGAGCAGGACUCGGCCAUUUAGCUAGAUUAUUGACUUACCAAUAUGGAUUACAUGUAGCAUGUAUUGAACAGGAUGAAUUAUUAUCAAAAAAAGCUAGAUUAUAUGAUGAAGAAUUGUUGAUGUCUAUGCGUAAACAUGACCCUGAUUUCUCUCCUCUUAAACUGGAACAUAUAUCACUGAAAUUAGAAACUUCUAAUCAUGCAGAAAUGAAUUUUAAACAGCAUUUACAUGAAAUAUUCGCUAAUAUUUAUAAUGUUAAUACGGAAUGUCUUCAGUAUGGAAUUAUUGGACUACAUCCAUGUGGAGAUUUAGCAUCAAUUCUCUUAAAUCUAUAUUCGUUGACUAAAGAAGCAAGGUUCAUGUGUAUUGUGGGAUGUUGUUAUAUGAAAAUGACAUUAGAAUCCAAUAAUGAAAACAAACAAAAAGGAUAUCCACUUAGCUCGUAUUUGUCAUGUAAAAGUCACAAGCUUUCGUAUAAUGCUUUGGAAAUAGCUUGUCAUGCUAUAGAAAAACAUUGUGACAAAUUGAAAAACAACAAUUAUGCAGAUUUAAUAGUACAUGCUUAUAGAGCAGUUUUGGAAAAUAUACUUACAGAAAGAAAUUUGUUACCUUCCCAUAGUCAAUUAAAAAAUGUUAAAGUAACAAGAGAUAUGACUUUUAAACAAUAUUGUUUUCUUGCAACACGUCAUCUUCAAUCUGAAUUACAACCAAAGGAUAUAGAUCUUGAAGGAACAGAAAUAGAACAUUAUUUGAGUUAUUGGUUACAAAUAGUUAUAUUUUCAUCGCUUAGAAUUUUAUUAGCACCAUUGGUAGAAACAUUAGUACUUUUGGAUAGAUUUUUAUAUCUUUCAGAAAGAAACUUAAAUCCUAUAAUAAGACCAGUAUUUAAUGCAAAAUUGUCACCACGUAACUUAGUUUUAAUUUCUGUAAAAAAUCAUGAGGAAAUAUAAAUAACAUCAAUAUUUGA